AUGGAUUUUCAAUUCGAUCUCGAACCCGAGGAUUUGAAAGAUGAACUCACUGCAGAAGAUAGGCCUACCAGCGAGCGACGAGAACUCGAAGCUCCUGUACCUCCUCCUGUCCCCAAGAGAGUUAGGAAGAAAGGGCCUGGAGUCCAGUCGGUUCACAUGUUAAAACAAUGCCGUACAGCCAGGUCCCUCGAAAAACAAUACGAGAAGGAGAUCCCCUGGGCAGUAAUCCCACCAGAACAACAUAGUGUCUUCCGACAAGCAGAGGAGAAACAGUACGACGAACACAUCAAGUAUCAGGCCCUGGAGCCUUUGUCGCUCGAAGAAAGUGCUCGUGUUCGUGAGUGUGUGGACAAAAGUCGUAUCCUGUCUUCAAGGUUUGCCUACAAAGACAAGAACUGGUCCCGGCGGAAGCUUGAUUCUAGUCUUCCUUGGAAACUGAAGGCGAGGAUCGUCGUGUCUGGACACCGCGAUCCAGAUAUCGGUCUCCUAGACACCGACGCGCCUACCAUCAACAGACUAUCGGUGCUCACCAUCAUGCAGCUUGUAGCAAGUCGGAGGCAAUCUCAUGGGUGGGAGGCAUCAGCAGGUGACAUUACUGCAGCUUUUCUCAACGGAGAUGCUCUGGAAAGGGUCUUGUAUCUCAGACAGCCCCGUUCAGGUCUUGCUUCUCUACAUCCAGACCAACUGCUACGAAUCACCAAAGGUAUCUUUGGCCUUCCUGACAGUCCUCGCAAAUGGUGGAGGCGCUUCCGAAAGGACAUGUUAGCAGUGCGGCUAAGUGUAGAGGGCGUUGAGUACAAGUUUGUGCAGAAUGCGCUUGACCCUUGCCUUUUUCAGCUUGUUCCGUCCGAUAAUGAAGCUAGCGAACCGGCAGCGUAUGCCGGAGUACAUGUCGAUGACAUCCUGGUUGCUGGCGACAAGAAGAUGUCCGAAGCUAUUCGCAAUGCCCUCUCGAGCAUCUUCCCAGUCGACGACUGGGAGAUCAACAGCUUCGACUACAUUGGAAGCCACAUCGAGGUGAAUGACUCAGGUGUCUUCAUCAGUCAAGAGGCGUAUGCUGGAGGGCGACUGUUCCAAAUCGACAUCGGCAAGGGGCAGGAAGAUGAAGAGCCUGCUUCUGAAGAACAACGAAUCGACAACCAGUCUCUCAUCGGCGCCCUUUCCUGGCUUGGAUCCCAGAGUCGUCCCGAUAUUCAAUGCUCAGUUUCGCUUGCACAACAACUCCAAAAGAACCCAAGCGUUGCUGACCUGAAGUUCACCAACCAGAUAGCGCGACGAGCGUGGGAUCACCGAGACAAAGGGAUUUGGCUACGACCUUUGAAACUUGAGAGCCUAGAGUUUUUAGUGUACCACGACUCGGCAUGGGCGAAUGCAGAGCUCACGGGUGAGGAUGGUUUCCGCCUCGAGUACGAGGACCAUGUCAGCGGCGUCAUGAAGAAUACACCUUUUGACAUCAAAGAAAGAAAGGCCAAACGGGCGAAUUCCAAGGUCGCCAGCCAGUUCGGAAGCCUCAUCUUCUUGACCGAUGGAGAGCAGUACUCAGCUGGAGGAGGCAUAGGAAGCAUCCUUGACUGGAAGAGCUGUUCCGAGGCCAUCGAGAUGGGGCAGUAUGUGAGAUCCUUUGUGCAAACAGUGCUGCGCGGCCGCCUCCAACGUGUACAGGACUUGAGCGGCAGUCAGCUGAAGUGCAUCACGGAUUGCAAAUCACUAUUCGACCAUUUGCAUCGAGAAGGCAUCCCAAGGAUCCCUUCAGACAAACGUCUAGCCAUAGAUCUCGCUGCGUUGAGGCAGUAUCUGUGUGAAGAGCAAGCCAAUGGCAAACCUCCACUCUUUUGGGUCCCCACCGAGUUCCAACUUGCUGAUAUCCUUACCAAACCUAAGUGUGCUGAUUCAUGGUGGGCGACCGUGUGGGGAGCAGUGAGACUUCCAUUUAUUUCCAAGGAUGCGACGAAGCAUCGUUGA